UCCGGGUGAGCGGCGGCGGGCGCCAUAUUGUCUUGUUCGCCGAGCAGAGCGGCGGAGGCGGCGGGCGGAGGGCGGCCGCGGGGCCACGGGGUACCGGCGGCGGCGGCGGGAGGCGGGGGACAGCUUGAAAUAUAGACUAUAUAAAGACUUAAAAGAUGUGGGAUCAACCUUGGCAGCAAUGGCCUUUGAACCAACAGCAGUGGAUGCAGUCAUUUCAGCACCAACAAGAUCCAAGCCAGAUUGACUGGGCUGCAUUAGCUCAAGCAUGGAUUGCUCAGCGAGAAGCCUCAGGGCAACAGAGUGUAGUGGAACAGCAAGGAAUGAUGCCAAAUGGACAGGAUAUUUCAGGAAUAGAGUCUGGUCCAAACAACCAUAAUAAUUUUCAGGGGGAUCCCAACUUCAACAGAAUGUGGCAGCCAGAAUGGGGAAUGCCUCACCAACCCCCUCACCCACCUCCAGAUCAGCAGUGGAUGGCUCCAACCCCAGGUCAAAUGGAAAUUGUUCCUCCGUCUGAAGACAGCAACAGUCAGGACAGUGGGGAGUUUGCUUCUGACAACAGGCAUAUAUUUAACCAGAACAAUCACAACUUUGGGGCACCUCCCGAUAACUUUGCAAUGGGGCCAGUGAACCAGUUUGACUAUCAGCAUGGGGCUGCUUUUGGUCCACCUCAAGGUGGAUUUCAUCCACCUUAUUGGCAGCCAGGACCACCAGGGCCGCCAGGUCCACCAGCACCUCCUGCACCUCCACAAAAUCGAAGGGAAAGACCCUCGUUCAGAGACCGACAGCGUUCACCUAUUGCGAUGCCUGUGAAGCAGGAGCCUCCACAGAUUGAUGCCGUGAAGCGUAGAACUCUGCCUGCCUGGAUUCGUGAAGGCCUAGAAAAGAUGGAACGAGAGAAACAGAAAAAAUUGGAAAAAGAGAGGAUGGAGCAGCAACGUUCACAGAUGUCUAAAAAAGAAAAAAAGGAAAGUGAGGACGCUGAAGAAGGGGAUGGCCCACGGUUACCUCAGAAAAGCAAAUUUGACAGUGAUGAGGAAGAUGAAGAUGCUGAAAACACAGAAGCUGUAAGCACUGGGAAAAUCAGCAGGAGUCCAUCCCCAGCUCCUCAAGAGGAGCAAAGUGAACCAGAAAUGACAGAAGAAGAAAAGGAGUAUCAAAUGAUGGUGAUGACAAAAAUGCUGCUGACGGAGAUUCUUUUAGAUGUCACAAAUGAAGAAAUAUAUUACGUGGCCAAAGAUGUACACCGUAAAGCAACUAAAGCUCCUGCAAAACAGCUGGCACAGUCCAGUGCACUGGCUUCCCUCACUGGACUCGGUGGACUGGGUGGUUAUGGAUCAGGAGACAGUGAAGAUGAGAGGAGUGACAGAGGCUCUGAAUCAUCUGAUACUGAUGAUGAGGAACUACGACACAGAAUCAGGCAAAAACAGGAAGCGUUUUGGAGAAAAGAGAGAGAACAGCAACUAUUACUAGAAAAACAGCUAGAAGAAGAAAGGCUACAAAUUGACAAAGUUUCAAAAGAGAUGAAUGAAUUUAUCAACAAAGAACAAAACAGUAUUUCAACAUCACAGGAGGCAAAAGAAAUUGAAGCUGAUAUGGUUCAUGAAAAGAAACGAUCUCCAAAUGCAAUAGCCCCUGAUAUAGAACCCAAAAAAGAGGGUAAAGAAAAAGAUAGGGCAGGAAGGAGUAGAUCAAGAAGCUCUAGUAGUGGUAGCACUAGCAGCAAUAGCAGAAGCAGUAGCAGUAGCAGCACUGUAUCUAGUUCAUCAUAUAGCACUAGCUCAGGUAGUAGUCGCAGUUCUUCACGUUCUUCCUCUCCUAAAAGGAAGAAGAGGCACAGUCGCAGCAGAACACCUUCGCAUAAAGUUAGGCGCAGUAGAAGCAGGAGUUAUUCUCACAGAAAUAGGAGAGAGAGGAGUAGAAGCAGGGAAAAAAUAAGAGAAAGGAGAAGAUCUAGUAGAAAUAGAAGUGCUGAAAGAGGGGAGAGACGAAGAAUUCAGAGCCCUUCUCAAGAGAGAAGUUGGGAUAGACGUAGGAGUAGUAGCCGUUCGAGAGACAGACGAGCUAGCCGUGCUAGUCGCAGCCGAAGUAGGGAUAGACGCAAAGCUGAAGACCAGCGUAGAAGUCCUCCAGGAAAUAGGCAUAAACAUAAAAGUGAUAGUAAAGAUCAAGAGAGGAAGAAAGAGCAGGGUGGAACUGUAGAUAAAGACAGAAAAAAGAACAGAGAAAGGGAGCGAGAUCAGGAAAAAAGAAAAGAUAAACCAAAAAAGGAGGAAAAAGAAAGCAAGGCUGGCAAUCAUGACGACAAUAGAUUAAAGAGAAAAAGAGACAGUGAAAGAACUUUCUCUCGCAGUGAUUCAAUAACUGUGAAAAUAUUCAGACAGGAUUCCAGACAAGACAGCAAAAAAAGUUCUACCAAAGAUAGCAAAAAACGGUCAGGCUCUGAAUCUAGUGCAAGGAGUAGUUCUGAAUCACCAGGAAGCAGUAAAGAAAAGAAGGCUAAGAAAUCGAAGCAUAUUCGAUCAUGCUCCAUGGAGAAAUCUCAAAGGUCUGGUAAGAAGGCAAGCCGCAAACACAAGUCUAAGUCACGAUCAAGAUCAACAACUCCUCCUCGUCGUAAACGCUGAGGAAUUUAUGGCACCAGUGCUAUGACAUUUAAAAAUUCCAUGAGUUAUAAAAGGCUUGUCUCAUUAUAGAGGCACAUUGUGGCUAUGUAGGUGAAACCAGAAUCCUUUUUUUAUCUGUAAAUAGGUGUAUUUUUUUCCAAAUGCUGCUCAGAAUUAAAUACCUAAUAGGAUUUCUUUGUAUUACAUUUUUUCAAGAACGGUAGUGCUUAAUAAGAAUAUAAAAUAUGCCAUUCUCUUUCAGCUGUAAUGUUCUUAAAAUUACUAUUGAAUGUACUGUGAUGUCAAUAAAGCUCUUUAGUUCAUUUUUGUUUAAAA